GUGAGGCGGCCCCCAGGCCCUGGCCCCAGAGCCAGAGCCAGCCCCGCACAGUCUUCCUGGAGGCCAGUCAGAGGCUGAGGGAGGAGGCCAGGCUGAGGCCACCCUGGACAUUGGAGGCUUCUGUGGUGACAGGGCUGCCUGGCUCUCUCUCUGGACUCGAGGCUCAGACCCACAAGCCUCCCAUGGCGCCUUUUCACAUCCGCAAGUACCAGGAGAGCGACCGCCCGCGCGUCCUGGACCUGUUCUCCAAGGGCGCAGCCGAGCAUGCCCCCAUCACCUUCCGCCACCUCCUGAGGCUGCCACAGACUCUUGUGCCCUUGCUUGGGGGGCCCCUGGCCCUGCUUCUGGUCUCUGGGUCCUGGCUUCUGGCCCUGGUGGCCGGCCUCGCCCUCCUGGCCGCCCUGAGGGUCCUGGCCAAAUACCCCUGGAGCCAGUAUGUGUCCAACUGUUUGCGCACAGACAUGUGCGACAUCAGCAAAACCUACCUGAGCGAGCCGGGCUCCUGCUUCUGGGUGGCCGAGCGUGAGGGGCAGGUGGUGGGCACGGUGGCAGCCCUGCCCGUUGGGGGGCCCGGCCUGCGGAAGGAGCAGCUGGAGCUUCUUCACUUGAGCGUGUCCUGGGAGCACCGGGGCCAGGGGAUCGCCAGAGCCCUGGUCAGGACCGUCCUGCAGUUUGCGGGGGACCAGGGCUGCAGCAAGGUGGUCCUCAGCACCAGCAUGCUGCAGCACUCCGCCCUGGCCCUCUACCAGAGCAUGGGCUUCCGCAAGACCGGCCAGCACUUCUUUGCCAAAAGCUGGGAGCUCAUUGCUGUUCCUGCAUUUGAAUUAACCUAUCGGCUCCCCUUGGCUCAGGCCUCUGAGGUGCCAGGGCAGUGACAGGGCCUGUGAUCUGUGUCCUUGUGGAUUAGUCAGGACAACACAAGCUCUGCCGGUGUAACAAGCUCACCCCGAAUCUCACUGUGACAGCUCAGUAAAGCUUCUGUUUGUUCACAUCGAGCCCCACGGGGAUGGUGGUGGUUCUGCUCCAUUUAGUCUUCUUCAGAUGCCACUGUUUUCAUUUAACUAGUGAUACAAGAUUGUUCAUAAAGUCAGUCACAAAAGAAUAAACAUUUACUUCGCUGGAUUGUGUGAGUCAGCAUUGCCCAUGGGGCCUGGCUGGGCAGCUCUUUGGUCUCGGCUCUGUCCACACGUCCUGGGUGGCUGGUUCUCGUGCCGUGGGGCUGGCUGAGUGAUGUGCCUGGGCUUCCUCAGGUGCCCGCAGGCUCGCUCGGGCAUGGCUUCAGGGUAACUGAAUGAGCCCAAGGGAAACAGAAACAAGCAAGUG